UGUGUUGGACGCUGGUGUUGAAGACAGCACACGGCGACGGCAAUGGCUUCACAGAGGAAGCAGGUGUCUGCUAGCAGGUCCGACAGAACAGAAAACAAUCGUCAAGAAGCCGGAAAAAAGUACGAGUCUUCGACCUCGAAGGUGUUUUGCGAAGAAAAUAUAGAUUUUAUCGACAAAGAACUCAGAAAAUUAAAUAAAUUCUGCUUAAAAUCAGGAUACAGUGUUGCGCAGAUCGUGAAAUUUGCACGGCCGUUCACUCAAACUUCCACAACAGUAAAAAGGAAAAAAUGGAAGAAAAUUGGACUGAUUGGCGUGCUUAUGAUCGUGGUAGCUGUUGUUGGCUUCCAGCUGCAAUCAUCAUGCCGUAUAGCCAGUGCUCUUGCAAAAACUGCGAUGAUCAAAAUACAACCAUUCUGGGACUGGACUCGGUUUUACCAUAGCAACUGUCUCGUGGCAAACCCAAUGUACCGAAAACCAGACAAGUUAACCAUGGACGACUGCCAGAUAUGUGAAGGCAUACAGGACAUACUGCGAAUGAGCCAUGUUAAUCCAGCAAACAUUAUUGACAAGUAUUUCAAGAGGGAUAUACCGGUCAUCGUUGAAGACGGACUGCGGGACUGGGGUCAUCUUGCUGACAAAUCGGUACAAGACAUUGCUGAGAUGUAUAGAACCAGCAACAUUUUAAAGACCAGUUGGGGCUGUGGAUUUUCCAGUAAUAUUCGCAUUAAAUAUGGAGGACACAGAGAUCUUCUGAGGAAAAUAACAAAUGAAAACCUAACAAAUUUUUAUGCGCAUUGGGAGAACUGUCAGCUACCCGCCGCCAAAGCUUUUCGGGCGAUGUACAAGCGACCAUACUUCCUGCCUUCAGCUGUGGAAAUGUCAUCAACCAACUGGGUUUUUAUCUCUUCCAACUACACAGCAAAAAUAUUCAAAGAGGUAGACAUAGGACACCCACUUGUGAUACUAAUGCAAGUCAAAGGGGAAAUAGAGAUAAAAGUUGACACUUGGAAACCAUGUGAUACUGUGUGCACAUCGCUCGAAGAUGUCCUGCAAGAAGGAGAAAUUUUAAUCCUGACGGAUUCCCUUUGGAGAGCCAGCUACCUGCCGCUACCAGAGAGAGACAGCAUCUCCAUUGGGAUUGGAGGCUUCUUUGAUUGACCUCAGUCAGCUAUCUGACGUUUACAUCAGUUACAAAUCAACAUGUAUUUGCAUGUCUUUAGGAUGGCUGUUCUAUUUCAAUUUAAACGAUUUUAGUAGAUACAUUGGGUUGGUAAGAUUACAAAUUAUGUCUGUCCACCUAAGCUGGAAAAUUAUAUUUUAAGAGGAGAAAGUUUAGUAGAAUCUUAUGUUUUGGCGAUUGUUCUUGUUUCCCGUAUUUUUCCAUUGUUCGUUUUUUAGCUCAAGAAUUCUUACAUGAUGGCCGUUCUUAAUCGGGCAAAGUGUCGAAGUCA